AUGGACAAUGAACAGAACGUGGUCGAAGGUAAUGGGUACUCGAUAUCGAAAGUCCUGGCGAUACCGUUGCAACAACAGACUAAAACGGAAUUGUGGAUUGGAACCACAUUGUGUUUGACGGCAAUGGCUGGUGCUCGAGUUGCGCCAUCGCAAAUACUGUCCAUCGUUGGCGGAGAUGCUAUACCCAACGAGUCAAAUGUGCUUCCGUGGAAAGCGGAUGUGGCUAAUGCGUUUUUCUUUGUUGGGAAUUUUGGCGGAUCACCAACGGCAACAGAGUACACCAAAUUUUUCAUUCGUGAAGUGUUCAAUUGCAACGCACACAACAAACCACACAAUAACAUUCACAUAAAAAUGAAACACGUGAAGGGCAAAAUGCUACAGGAAUUGUCAGAACAAGUCAACAUACCACACAGACACAUGCAAUAUUUACGCGAGCAUUACCUCCACUCCAAUCACAGUCACACUACCUCCAGUCUACAGUUCGAUCCGUUUCCAUUUCUGAAUCACAACAGACAAAAGUAUCACUUCAUCGUUAACGAUGCUCAGUGUACCGCAUCAGUCGUAAUGGCCGGUGUAUUGGCCUCAUUAAAAUUGACCAACACCCGUUUGAGCGACAAUACAAUCUUGUUACAAGGAGCCGAAGAAGCUGCUUUGGCUAUAGCUUCGUUCUGUGUUAUGGCUAUGAAGAAAGAUGGUCUUAGUGAAGCAGACGCAGCUCGGAAAUUGUGGGUGGUUGAUAAUAAGGGACUGAUUGUUAAGAAUCGUCCAAAUGGUGGUUGGAAUGCCAGUUUUUCGUCAUAUGCUCAUAAACAUGAUCCGGCUGAUACUUUGGCUGAGGCCGUCGAACAAAUUAAGCCUACAAUAUUAGUUGGCGCUGCAGCUAUUGGAGGUGCAUUUACACCAGCUAUUUUAAAGCGAAUGGCUGAAUUCAACGACAGACCAAUAAUCUUCGCUCUUUCAAAUUCAACAAGUAAAGCUGAAUGCACCGCCGAAGAUGCUUACAAAUAUACCAGCGGUAAAUGUGUCUUCGCUUCUGGUUCGCCAUUCCCACCUGUCGUAUACGAUCGAAAGACAUAUUUUCCAGGACAGUGCAAUUCCUCACACAUAUUCCCAGGUGUCGCACUUGCAGUUAUUUGCACUGGUGCAUCGACCAUUCCAGAAGAGGUAUUUCUGAUAUCGGCCGAAAAACUGGCUGGUAUGGUUACAGCUGCUGAUCUGGAUAAAGGAAGCUUGUAUGGACGAUUCGACAAUUGUAUCUUGCAAAUUGCAACGACAAAUUUUUUAUACGAAGCAGGUGUCCUCAUAUUUAAGCUCACCGUGAUUGAAACAACAAAACCGACAGCGACCAAAUGA